GCAAAGCACAAUCUCUAUCAGCAGGGGACAAACAGACACCUCACACUCAGAAACACACAGAGAUUUGCGCAGGACUAUCAUACACUAAACACACUCUUCCUGGGAUAUGAACCCUCUCAUCCUCACCUGUCUCCUGUGCUUCGUAGUCUGCAGUGCUCUAGGUGCUCAGGGAUCCGAGGCCAUAUACUCCAGUGAACUAGCUGGAGUAACUGGGGGUCCGGCCUCCGGGGAGGGCCUCCAGAGUUUGCUGAGCGACGAUGACGAUCUGGAGAUAGGCGAGGAGCUUUCAGGAGGGGACAAUGAAAAUGUCAGCCUUCACGAGUUGCACCCCAGUAAAGAUGAGAAGAAGAAAAGGAAAGGCAAAAGCAAAAGGAAGAGCAGGCAGAGGGGCAAAGCCACGACUCCUUUGAACCCCGAGCACACGGUCUUCACCAACGGAUACACUUCGACUUUCAGCACCACGGAGGAUCCCUGCACCUCCACCCACCUGGGUUACUGUAUUCAUGGUUACUGCAAGCACAUAGAGGGCCUGCCGGAACCAGUGUGCAUAUGUAUGAAGGGUUAUGAUGGGGAGCGCUGUGGGAUCCAGACUCUGGAGACAAUCAAAACCAAGUCCAGGGAGAACAGUGAUACUGAGCUGGUGCAGACGGUCUUAGUGAUCAUUGCUGUGGUCCUGUCGGUCAUCAGCUGCACUGCCAUCCUGCUCAUGACCUGUGCUCAUUACAGGUCACAGAAAAACUACCUGGCGUCCUACCUGGGAACUGGGCCGGAGCAGGAGAAGCUACAGAAACCUGCUGGUGACGUUGUGGUGUGAGAGCACCAGGCUACGAUGAGCCAGCUGCACGAUUCAAAGACGAAACAGACCAGAGGAGUAUCAGGACCUGACAAAGAAGUGGAAUUGAUAGACUGCUUCAUUAGAUGCUGUGUAAAAAAAAAAAACCCACUGUCCAGGACUUGUUAGAAUGUAAUUUAUUUAGUGUCAUUAUUUAUUGCUAACAACUAUAU